CACAAGACCUGAUAAAACAAGACCCAAUAAACAAAAUAAGAUCUAACGAAGUAAGAACUAAUGAAGCAAAACUUGAUGAAGUUAGACUGACAAAGCAAGACCUGACAAAAACUGACGAAGCAAGAUCCAAGAAAGUCAAACCUAACGAAGCCAAACCUGACAAGCAAGACCCAUCGAAGCCAAACCUGAUGAAGCAAGAUCCGAUAAAAAAAGAAGAAGGAAGUCCCAAUGAAGCCAAACCCGAUAAAGCAAGAUCCAAUAAAAUAAAGUCCGAAGAUCCCAAUGAAGCCAAAUCUGACGAAGCAAGAUCCAAUAAAGUAAAGCUCGAAGAAGACCCAGUGAAGCAAGACAUGCGCAAGAAAUAUUAA